AUGGAAAGUGUGGAAAAACCAAUAGUUGCACCAAGUAGUGAAAAAGAUGCAGAGAAGGACAAUUUUGUUGAAGAGAAAGCUGACGAUCCUGUCGAUACAGAUGUCACAAUUUUUGGAGGACCGUUAAAUGAUACCCCGUGUAAGAAAGUAAUAAAAAAGCUUUCUUUAGAGGAAAAGAUGAAAUCACUUGGAGACAAUCCUUAUGUUAAGGUUCCUUAUCCUCAGAGGUUACAGCAGCACGAGCAGAAGAAAAAUUUCUCUAAAUUCUUAGAGAUUUUUAAGAAGCUGCACAUCAAUAUCCCAUUCGCGAAAGCUAUAGAGCAAAUGCCAUCAUAUGCUAAGUUUCUAAAAGAGAUCCUAACCAAGAAGCGGAAGCUCACAGUAGAAGGGUCCACUAUUUUGACAGAGGAGUAUAGUGCAAUCACGCAGAAGAAUUUACCUCUGAAAUUAAAGGAUCCAAGGAGUUUAAGUAUUCCUUGCACGAUUGGCUCAAUGACAAUAGAGAGAGUUUUAUGUGAUUUAGGUGCCAGCAUCAAAGUAAUGCCAUUAUCUAUGAUGAAGAAGCUGGGAAUCACAGAAGUAAAGCCGAUCAAUAUGAUUCUGCAACUAGUUGACCGCUCCACCAAGCAAGCAUAUGGAGUAAUAGAGGACAUACUAGUUAAGGUGGACAAGUUCAUCUUCCCGAUGGACUUUGUUAUCUUGGAUAUAGAGGAGGACGCUACUGUUCCCAUGAUCUUUGGGAGAUCUUUCUUAGCAACCUCCGGAGCACUAAUUGAUGUGCCUAAAG